AUGGUAUCCACCAUUAUGAUUUUGGUUUUCUUUCAGAGCUCAAGAGCUGCUCUUCAAGCUGGUAUCGACAAGCUUGCUGAUGCUGUUGGUCUCACUCUUGGCCCUAGAGGGAGAAAUGUUGUGUUGGAUGAAUUUGGAAGCCCCAAGGUUGUGAAUGAUGGAGUCACCAUUGCUAGGGCUAUUGAGUUACCUGAUGCUAUGGAGAAUGCUGGUGCAGCGCUUAUCCGUGAGGUUGCUAGUAAGACUAAUGACUCAGCUGGUGAUGGGACAACAACUGCAUCUGUCCUUGCUAGGGAAAUAAUCAAACACGGAUUAUUGAGUGUCACUUCUGGUGCCAAUCCUGUGUCCCUCAAGAGGGGAAUCGACAAGACUGUUCAAGCUUUGAUCGAAGAGCUUGAGAAGAAAGCUAGACCUGUCAAAGGUGGUAGUGACAUCAAAGCCGUGGCUACAAUCUCUGCUGGAAAUGAUGAGCUUGUGGGAACAAUGAUUGCUGAUGCCAUUGACAAAGUUGGACCUGAUGGUGUUUUGUCCAUUGAAUCUUCUUCCUCUUUUGAGACUACGGUCGAAGUUGAAGAAGGAAUGGAGAUUGACAGAGGUUACAUCUCACCUCAGUUUGUGACAAACCCUGAGAAACUACUAGUUGAGUUUGAGAAUGCGCGGGUGUUGAUCACUGAUCAGAAGAUCACUGCAAUCAAAGACAUCAUCCCCAUCUUGGAAAAGACCACUCAGCUUCGAGCUCCAUUGCUGAUUAUUGCAGAGGAUGUUACAGGUGAGGCCUUAGCAACCCUUGUCGUGAACAAACUCCGUGGUGUCCUCAAUGUUGUCGCCGUGAAGGCUCCUGGAUUUGGAGAAAGAAGAAAGGCUAUGCUUCAGGAUAUCGCUAUCUUGACAGGAGCUGAGUACCAAGCCCUUGACAUGGGCUUGCUGGUCGAGAACACAACAAUAGAUCAGUUGGGUAUUGCUCGUAAAGUCACCAUAAGCAAAGAUUCGACUACACUUAUCGCAGAUGCAGCUUCCAAGGACGAGUUACAAGCUCGUAUCUCUCAGCUCAAGAAAGAACUAUUCGAGACUGAUUCUGUCUACGACUCAGAGAAGCUCGCUGAGAGAAUAGCUAAACUCUCUGGUGGUGUUGCUGUCAUCAAAGUGGGAGCAGCGACUGAAACUGAGCUCGAGGACCGUAAGCUUCGUAUUGAGGACGCAAAGAACGCUACAUUUGCUGCUAUCGAAGAAGGUAUAGUUCCUGGUGGUGGCGCAACUUUGGUGCAUCUCUCCACUGUGAUUCCUGCCAUUAAAGAGAAGCUGGAGGAUGCUGAUGAACGUUUGGGAGCUGACAUAGUGCAGAAGGCUUUGGUGGCACCAGCUGCGCUUAUUGCGCAGAACGCUGGAAUCGAAGGAGAAGUGGUAGUGGAGAAGAUUAUGUUCAGUGAAUGGGAGAUAGGGUACAACGCCAUGACUGAUACCUAUGAGAAUCUGUUGGAAGCUGGAGUGAUUGAUCCAGCUAAAGUCACGAGAUGUGCGCUUCAGAACGCUGCAUCGGUUGCAGGGAUGGUACUGACCACUCAGGCCAUUGUUGUUGACAAACCCAAACCUAAGGCUCCUGCUGCUGCUCCUCCUCAGGGUCUCAUGGUCUAAUGAAAACACAUUAUAAUCUUAUGGGUCAUAUAUGUUGUCCCCAGUGAUCUCACAAUGUUCUUUUUCGGGUUGAUGAUCUAUUUCCCCACCAAAACUAUCAUAUAGCAUUAAAUCCCCAUAAACUGAAAGGUGUAAACUUA